AUGGUCAGGAAUCUAGUGGAGUUGAGGUCAGCCCGGGCCCUUCCCCUGCAGUACUACCCGUUCGCUACAGGAAGACCCAGGCACAGUGGGCAGUACGUCGGGCGGCCAGCGAGGUUCCAUGUGGAACACCCAACAACCCUAACUGUGUCACGGGGAUGGGGGACUGUACCACCACCACCGAGUCACACCACACCCCCAUCUCCCACUGACCCCCUCACGUAUGCCACUGGACCCGGGGUUUGCACCCAGACUCUAUGGCAUGGGGAGGGCACCAUAGCGGGGACAGCAAAGCCAGAGACGGCAGGAAUGGAUUGCCCCACACUAGGAGACAAGCUGGAACUGCCUGGCGGCUGUGGCUCGAGACUAGAACCGGCCGCGAGCCACUCACAGUGGGCGAGGGGCAACUGGUCCGCUACCUCGGCGUGUGAUGGAGCGCCACCGCCGCUGCACACACAUGAGGAGAAAGGCAAGUAUGCCGACUUCCAGAGAGCCAAUCAUGCUCAUGCCAGAACAGAACAGAACGGAAGGGUUGCGGGACCUGGGCUGACGGGCUUCUUCUAGCAGGAGCUGCCGGCCGCCUCCUAGGUGGUGCAGCCGCACUAUCAGCUGCCGACCGCCUUUCGCGCAGAAUGGGAGACACCGAGCGCCACGCGGUGCGCGCUGCACUUGGGCUUCCUCUGCGAGUAUGACGCGCUGCCCGGCAUCGGCCACCCCUGCGGUCACAACCUCAUAGCCGAGGUUGGGGCGGCGGCCGCUCUGGGAUUGAGGGGGGCCCUAGAGAGCCUCCCUGGGCCUCCUCCCUGGGUGAAGAUAAGUGUCCUGGGAACCCCUGCAGAAGAAGAUGGUGGAGGCAAAAUUGAUCUAAUUGAAGCAGGAGCUUUUAAAAACCUCGAUGUUGUUUUCAUGGCCCAUCCAUCCCAAGAAAAUGCUGCUUAUCUACCCGAUGUGGCCGAACAUGAUGUGACUGUGAAAUACUAUGGAAAAGCAUCUCAUGCUGCUGCUUACCCCUGGGAAGGAGUCAAUGCCUUAGAUGCUGCUGUUCUUGCCUACAACAAUUUGUCUGUGUUAAGACAGCAAAUGAAACCAACCUGGAGAGUUCAUGGUAUAAUAAAAAAUGGUGGUGUAAAACCAAAUAUCAUUCCCUCUUACUCUGAAUUAAUUUAUUACUUCCGUGCACCCUCAUUGAAAGAACUUCAAGUUUUGACCAAAAAGGCAGAAGAUUGCUUCAGAUCUGCAGCUUUGGCUACAGGGUGCACAGUAGAAAUUAAAGGUGGAGCACAUGAUUAUUACAAUGUUCUACCCAACAAGAGCCUAUGGAAAGCUUACAUGGAGAAUGGAGAAAAGCUGGGAAUAGAGUUCAUUUCAGAAGAUACAAUGCUGAAUGACACUUCAGGAUCUACCGAUUUUGGAAAUGUUUCUUUUGUGGUCCCUGGAAUUCAUCCAUAUUUUUACAUUGGAUCCAACGCCUUGAAUCAUACUGAAGAGUACACUAAAGCUGCAGGAUCACAAGAAGCUCAGUUCUACACUUUGCGAACAGCCAAGGCUCUAGCAAUGACUGCAUUGGAUGUUAUUUUUAAACCAGAAUUGCUGGAAAGAAUUAGAGAGGACUUUAAAUUGAAACUUCAGGAAGAACAAUUUUUAAAUACAGUAGAAUAAAAAGGAGACUUGAGUGGUUUAUGAAUCAUUAAGAAGUGAUGAUUUUUUUUCUUUAAUCUUUUUUAAUGAAGAGAACAUGCUUGUUUUUAAUCUUAAAGGAAUCAAAUUCUCCUUACCUGAUAUGUAAGAACAGGGUAUGGUGAAAACAUAUUCACUCAUAUCUAAAAUGAAAUUUUUGGGUGAAUCUAUACUUGAUGGAAUUGUGAUAUUUCAGGAGUUGAUAGGUGAUACUGCUGCUUAAGAUGGAUGGUACAUGAUGUGUCAAAAUAAUAUUGACAAAAUCUGUAUAAUAAUUUACAGAUUUAUAUAUUAUAUAUUUUAAAAGGUCCAAGAGGUUUUAAACCUUAUAUACAGAAUUGACACCCACGAAAUGGUUUUGUGGUACAGAGUAGUAAACUUAUUUAAUGUAGUUUUAAAGUUCAUGGUCUAAAUUUAGGUAAAGUUUGUUUCAAAUAUUUCUGUUUUUGCUUCAAAAAAUCUCUUCAUUUAUAAUAAAAGUAGCUUUUAAUUAGAAAUGCUUACGGGUAACAACUAGAAACUCAGAUACAAAGAAUAACUUUAGUUUUACCAUUUGAAGAAAAAUGAGAAGAAUGUUCUAGUUUUUACACAUGAUCAACUCUGGGAAGUGGCAUUAAAGUAAUUGGUAAUUCAAUGUUACAGCAAGAGGGUAAAUGUUGGAUGGUCAGGAUCAGACUCUUCCUUUAAGGCAUUUGCAUGGUAGCCCUGAGUGUUCUAGGAGAACUCUGGGAGGAGCAUUGGCUGGCACCUACUCUGCUCUCUGGAAUGUUCAGAAUCCUGCACUGCCCCUCCAGCCAGCAGCCUGCUCAGGCUCCCACUCAGAAGCCAGCUUGCCCCACCUGGCUGCACUGAAUUUUGAGCCUCCUUAAGCCUCCUGCUAGUCCAAUAUUUUAAAAAAAUUAUUACAGGUUUUCCAUGAUUCUUAUUUUAGUGUGAAUUUGUUGAACAUGCUAAAAAGAAUGUGUGAAAAAAAUAUUUGGUAAAACAGAUAUUUUAAGCUGUGAAUGCACUAAAGCUCCAAUGUACUUUAUUUUAAAGGAAGUCCUCAGCUUUGAACAAGCAUUCCAGAAAUGGAAGGGGAAGGAGAGAAAGUGUCCAUUUGGCUUUUAUGGUAUAAUAAGCAAGUCACUUGGGCCCUCUGAGCUAUCAACUCACUUUUUGAAAAGUUAGAUCUUCUACUUACAGUCUUUUGAACCCCUAAUUCCUGCUGUAAUUAUUUAAAAUUGCAAGAGAGUUGGUUGUGUUUGGGAGAGUUAGUAGUUGAGAACUGCCUUUCUUCUGUAUAAGAGUCUGGGUUAUGUGCCUGAUUUUGGCAUGUAGCUGCCUUCUUUUUUUUAAAACCUGCCAAGAAUGGGUUUAUGUUUUUUAAAGGGUUGCUAAACAAAACAAAACAGAGACUAAAUAAUAUGACCUGCAAAACCUAAAAAA